AUGGCAUCGGAGAAGUCAAGUAUGUGUCGGGCUCGCGUGACCUACAAUACCGGUGCUGAAUACAGCCAAACAGGUCGUAGCCGGGUCUUCUUUGACAUAGAAAUAUCUCACGAGAAGAAUGGGCGCGUUGUCUUCGAAUUGUAUGAUGAUGUUGUCCCCAAAACCACGGAGAAUUUUCGAUGUCUUUGCACCGGAGAAAAGGGCGAAGGAAAGUCUGGGAAGCCAUUAAGCUACAAAGGUUCUGGCUUCCACCGUGUCAUCAAAGGCUUUAUGAUUCAGGGAGGAGACUUUACGGCUGGCAAUGGCACUGGCGGAGAGUCGAUCUACGGCGAGAAGUUUGAAGACGAAAACUUCGAGCUGAAGCAUUCAAAACCGUUCCUGCUCUCAAUGGCAAAUGCUGGACCGGGGACAAACGGCUCUCAAUUCUUCGUUACGACUGUACCAACGCCCCACCUUGAUGGCAAGCAUGUGGUGUUUGGAGAGGUCCUAGACAAUAAAGGUCUCAUACGGGAAAUAGAGAACCUGGCAACACAGGCGGACAAGCCCACGAAAGAUGUCACAAUCGUUGAUUGCGGUCAGUUAUCUGGCGAUGAGGCUAUGAACGUUGGCAAGAAGGAACCUGAUAGCACAGGCGACACGUACGAAGACUUUCCCCAAGACCAAGGCGAGGAGUACAAAGGCCCCGAGAUUCUCAAGAUUGCCACCGAACUAAAGGAGUUCGGCAACAAGGCCUUCAAAGCCAAUGAUCUGACUCUUGCUCUUGCAAAGUACCAGAAAGGCCUACGCUAUCUGAACGAGUAUCCAGAAGCUUUGCCUGAGGACCCCCCGGAGCUCUCCAAGGAAUUAACGCACAUCCGGUUCACCCUGCACUCGAACUCAGCCCUUCUUCAAAUCAAGCUGAAGUCUUUUGAAGAUGCCCAGAACAGCGCGGACAACGCUCUGGAGGUUGGAGAAGUCUCCAACCAGGAUCGCGCCAAGGCAUCCUACCGCAAAGCUCUCGCUCUCCUGGGGCUCAAGGACGACGAGGAGGCGGUGAAGAGCCUCGAGACAGCCCAAAAGCUGGCGCCAGGCGACGUGGCCAUCAGUAAGGAGUUGGGCGCUGCGAAGAAGAAAGCUGCUGAGCAUGCUAAGAAAGAAAAGGCGGCGUACAAAAAGUUCUUUGAGUAG